AUGGGAAUAGUUAAAGCAGUUUCGGAACAGGAAAACACUUCGAAUCAUAUUCUGGGAGAUCCAGAGGAUAUGGAUAAGGAGUUCGAAGUAAUCACUUAUAACGGGGUAUCAGACGACAUGGCUUCAUCAACGACGUUCGUGGAAGGCGUCAAAGUAAUGGUUGUUGGCAAGUUACGCUCUUUGAGUGACAGACAUGGUAUCAUGUCGUACAGCAUUAGGGAAGUCAUUGAUGACAAAGAAUAUCGUGCAUUCAAACUUGAAGCGAGGAUUGCGAAGCUGUAUUUUGAAAAGAAUGUGCCGUCUAUUUUGCGCUCUGGUAUGGGUCAGAGUCUUGCUGGCUGCGCAGCUGGACCUCCUGCAGAUGCAACUCCUGCUGCUGCACAAGGAGAAGUGAUGAAUGUCUUUGGCACACAGCCAGCCCGAUUAUACGGAUCCACAUCCGCAGUCGCGCAAUCUUUUUCGCGUGGGCAUAAUUUGGAUGGUCAAAGAGGCAAGAUCAUGGAUCUUCUUCAACGUGAGAAGGAUAAUUAUGAAGCAAUCGGACUAUCAGAAAGCGCCAUAAAAUCGGCCAUUGGAGCGGUGAACAUGGAUUCGUUGCGGAAGGAUCUCCAAUUUCUGGUUAAUGAGGGCCAUAUAUAUAAUACUACAGAUGAUGAACAUUAUGCCCUUAUUGAUUGA